AUGGAGGAAUCCAUAGAGACUUUUGGAGAUAUUAAUCUCACUCUAGGCAUGCUGAACAAAGAAGAUAAUAUUAGCAAGGAAGACAUUUAUUGUCAUCUCACUACCAUUGUCCAGAACACUGAAAUCUUGGAUGAUGCAAUUGUGCAACGGUUGAUUUAUUAUGCUUCUAAGGACAUGAGAGACAACAAUGUUCUCAGAGAAACCAGAAUGCUAGCUGGUGAGGUUUUGGUGUCCCUUGCUGCACAUGACUUCAACUCUGUGAUGUAUGAAGUACAGAGUAACUUCAGGAUCCUGGAGCUACCAAAUGAAUUUGUUGUGCUUGCCCUGGCUGAACUGGCAACCAGCUAUGUGUCCCAGAGCAUUCCCUUCAUGAUGAUGACCCUGCUCACCAUGCAAACUAUGCUUAGGCUGGCCGAAGAGGAAAGGAUGAAGGAAGCGUUCUGCGUUGCCCUUGAGAAGUUCAGCAAGGCCAUUUACAAGUACAUCAACCACUGGAGAGAUUUCCCCUAUCCCAGAUUAGAUGCCAACCGACUCUCUGACAAGAUCUUCAUGCUGUUCCGUUAUAUAAUGGAAAAGUGGGCCACCGUGGCCUCGCCCAUGCAUACUUUGGCCAUUGUUAAGGCCCAUGGCCCCACAGUGAGCCUGCUGCUACACCGGGAAGAUCUCUGUGAAUAUGCCCUGGGCCAGGUUUCCUGGCUUCUGAGCCAGUACAAAGACAAAGAAACUGAUUUCCACGUCACACAGAGCCUAAGACAGAUAUUGACUGCAGCAGUCCUUUACGAUAUUGACCUUCCUAAGAACUUGAGAAGAUCCAUCUUUUUCAACUUGCUCCACCAGGUCUGCAGAGUGCCAGAGCCUCCAGUAAAAGAAAAUGAACUUGAAGCUUCAAGCUGUUUCCUUAUUCUAGCCCAUUCCAACCCUGCAGACCUGAUGGAAUUUUUUGAUGAGCAAAUAAGAAGUAAUAACGAAGCCAUCCGAAUGGGAGUCUUAUCUUUGUUAAGAUCAACUAUCAAUGCUGAGGAGCCCAAGUUGAGGGAUCACAUGACUUCAGUUGAAAGAAUAGUCAAGGUCAUCAUGAGUGACCCCAGUGUAAAAGUGAGAAAUUCCAUCCUUCUCCUCAUCCAAACCAUGUGCGAAAAGAGCUACAUUGAAGCCCGAGAGGGAUGGCCUUUAAUUGAUUAUGUCUUCUCCCAGUUUGCAAUAUCCAACAAGAAUCUGGAGAAAUUGAUGAAAACUAACUCCCCUGAAGAUGAGAAGGGGGAGAAAUCUGUCCAAGAAACAAGUCUUGAGGUCUUAAAAACCCUGGACCCACUGGUCAUUGGAAUGCCUCAGGUGUUAUGGCCAAGAAUCCUGACUUUUGUGGUACCAGCGGAAUAUACAGGAACUUUGUCCCACCUGUUUAAUAUCAUCAGAAUCCUGAUUAUGGCAGAGGAGAGGAAGAAACUUAAUGGCAAGGAGUCAACAGCACUUGUCAUCUCUACUGGAGCUGUCAAACUUCCUACACCACAGCAGCUACUGGCCAGACUUCUGGUAAUAUCUAUGCUCGCCAGUUUAGGGAAAUUGCUUGGGGCUGGUGCAAUAGGACUUUUGAAGAUAUUGCCUGAGAUCAUUCACCCAAAAUUGGUAGACCUCUGGAAAACACGCUUACCUGAGCUUCUACAACCUCUGGAAGGAAAGAACGCUAGUAUCACACUGUGGGAAACCAUGCUGCUUCAGUUGCUCAAAGAAUCUUUGUGGAAGAUCAGUGACAUGGCCUGGACCAUUCAACUGAGUCGGGAUUUCAACCAUCAAAUGGCAGGUUACAGCAACACCUCCACUGAGAAGAAGUUCCUUUGGAAAGCCUUGGGAACCACCUUAGCAUACUGCCAAGACACAGGCUUUGUAAGCUCACAGCUUAGGGAGUUUCUAAUUGCUCCCAAUCAACUAGGGGAUCAAAGACAGGGAAUAACAUCUAUUUUAGGAUACUGUGCUGAGAACCACUUGGAUAUUGUUCUAAAAGUCCUUAAAGCAUUCCAAGAUCGAGGAAAGUUUUUCGUGAAUCGAUGUAAGGGUCUUUUCUCGGGGAAAAAAAACCUGUCCAAGACUGACAUCAUGGUUAUCUAUGGAGCCGUGGCCCUCCAUGCUCCCAAAGAGCAACUUCUCGCCAGGAUAGAGCAAGACAUUGUGUCCCAAGUGCUACUCCUUUACAACCAGUGCUGUCAGGUUCUGGGCAUGUCUGUGAUGAAUAAGGACAUGGAUCUGCAAAUGAGUUUCACAAGAAGCAUCACGGAGAUUGGCAUUGCUGUCCAUGAUACUCAGGAGCAGGGUUUCAGGUUUUCCUACAAGGAAGUGCUGCUCGGUUACAUGCUGGACUUCAUUAGGGAUGAGCCUCUGGACUCAUUAGCAACCCCUGUUCGGUGGAAAGCCUUAAUCGCCAUCAGAUACCUCAGUAAACUGAAACCUCAGCUCUCACUAAAAGACAAUCUCAAUAUUCUUGAAGAGAAUAUUCGGAGGCUGCUGCCCCUUCCACCUCUGGAAAAACUCAAAAAUGAGGGCCAGACUGACAAGGACAAGGAGCACAUUAAAUUUCUCUAUGAACGAUCCAUAGAUGCUCUGGGCAAGCUUCUGAAGACCGUGAUAUGGGAUAAUGUGUCUGCGGAGGAAUGUCAAGAAAUGUUUAAUCUUCUCCGAAUGUGGCUUGUUUCACAAAGAGAGUGGGAAAGAGAAAGAGCCUUUCAGAUCACGGCAAAGGUCCUGGAAAAUGAUGUUGAGGCUCCAGAGAACUUUAAAAUUGGCUCUCUCCUCGGGCUUCUGGCUCCACACUCCUGUGACACCCUGCCCACCAUCCGCCAGGCAGCUGCUAGCUCAGCGAUUGGUCUGUUCUGCAUAAAAGGCAUCCACCUGGAAAUGGAAAGACUGCAAGGUUUGCAGGAAGGCCUGGAAUGUGAUGAUGUGCAGGUCCAGAUCAAGAUUUCUUCUAAAAUAGCUAAGAUGGUCAGUAAAUUCAUACCAACUGAUGAAGUUCAAAUGUUCCUGGAGGAAACACUGGAUGGUCUAGAAAGCCUUAACCCCACUUGCACAAAUGCCUGUGGCGUAUGGAUGAUCGCUGCCCUGAAGGAGCAAGGUGCUGCCUUGGAAGAGCAGCUAUUGGAGAUCUUGAACACAAUUUAUCAUCACAUGCCGGUCCUCAGACAGAAAGAGGAAAGUUUUCAGUUUAUACUAGAAGCCAUAUCCCAGAUAACCAGCUUCCACACGGAUGCAGUUGUUGCCAACAUUUUGCAGAAGCCUCUGCCCUUUGACAGGGACACAAAGACACUGUGGAAGGCGCUGGCUGAGAACCCAGCCUCCAGUGGUAAGCUCUUGCGAGCCUUAAUAGACAAACUGGAGAAAGGGUUGGAAGAUGACAUAGCCACAAUGGAUGCAAUAUCAGUGGCCUGCGCUAUGCAUGAAGUGGUAUCAACGGGCACCCCUGUCUCAGGCCUGUACCCAGAGCUGUUCACCCUCCUCUUGAAGCUGGUCAGCUGCACACUGGGCCAGAAUAUGCCCACUGCUGCCUUGAACUGGAGGCGACGGGUCAUAAAGCAGGGAGAACUGCAGCAGGUUGCAGAUCCCUGCAGGCUCUCAACCAUGACUCUGAAAUGUGUGCAAGCCCAAGCCAUGAGAGAAGGUCUCGCAAAAGAAUCUGAUGAAGGGGACAACCUAUGGUCUCUCCUCAGCAGUCCUGGUACUCACCACAUAGGAGUAUGUGCACUGGCAAGGAGCAUGGCUGUGUGGCAACAUGGAGUCAUACUGGACAUCAUGGAUCACCUACUCGUGUCUCUCACCUCCUCCUCAGAGAAUCACCGGAUAACCGGCACUGCGUUCUUCUCUGAGCUCAUGAAGGAGCCCAUCCUUUGGAAGCAUGGGAAUCUACGAGAUGUGCUGAUCUUGAUGGAUCAGAGUGCCUGGGACUCCAAUGCCACCCUGAGGCAAAUGGCCAUCCGAGGCCUUGGUAACACAGCUUUGGGAGCCCCUCACAAGGUAAAGAAGCAUAAGCAGAUAAUGUUAGAAUCUAUCAUCAGAGGCCUGUAUCACCUGGCCCGCACCGAAGUCGUCUGUGAAAGCUUGAAGGCUCUAAAAAAGAUCCUGGAGCUACUCACAGACCGAGAUGUGAGCUUCUACUUCAAAGAAAUAGUCCUGCAAACAAGAACCUUCUUUGAAGACGAGCAGGAUGAUGUGAGGCUGACUGCCAUCUGCUUAUUUGAGAAUCUGGCAUCACUAACCGGAAGAAGGUGGAAGAUGUUUUUUGCUGAAGAAAUAAAAAAGAGCAUGAUUUCAUUCCUUCUGCACCUCUGGGAUCCCAACCCCAAGAUUGGAGCUGCUUGCCGUGAUGUCUUGAUCAUCUGCAUUCCUUUUCUGGGCCUCCAGGAACUCUAUGGAAUACUAGACCAUCUCCUUGAUGGCCAGGAUUUACCAAGGGCCAGGGAUUUCUAUAGGCAAUUCUGUGUGAAACUGGCAAAGAAAAACCAGGAAAUUCUGUGGAUCCUACACACACACUCAUUCACCUUCUUCAACAGCAACUGGGAGAUGAUCAGGAGUGCAGCCGUCAAACUCACAGAUGCCAUUGUUCUCAAUUUGACCAGCCAAUAUGUGGAGUUAUUAGACAAAGAACAGCUGACCACACGGCUCCAAGCACUCCGGCAAGAUCCUUGUAUCAGUGUCCAGCGAGCAGCUGAAGCUUCCUUGCAGAACCUCCUGAGAAGGUGUAAAGAGAUAAGCAUCCCUCUGUGAACCAUCAGGAAAUAAACUGCUAGGCUUUUUCUAAAACUGACCCCUGUCUUCAUCUAAAAACUCCUAUCUUUGCAGCAUCUUGAGGAAAGAGUUGACACCUAGAAUGGGGAACUUGAAAGGGUGUUAUAUUCUUCACUCUGCAGAACCUCCCUGGUGACUUCUAUUAAUAGAAAUAAACCCUGCAAUCCACUUCAGGGAUCACCUACAAUUGAAGUGGUGACCACCAUAUAGUUU